AGCCUUCUUGUGUUGUUGCUACUGUUUAAUCUCGUCAACCGUAAAGCGUUUCCCCUGUUUGGGACCCCGAGAGCGGAAUGGAGAUGUCAUGGCUGGCUCGCUCUCUUGCUAACUCCCUCCGACUCGACCCCGAUGACGCCGUCGGCGACGAUGAUGAUGAAUGCGACUUCGUACCCAAUCAUCCACACGACCCUCCUCCUACUUCAUCUAGAAAUCACGAAUCCCAUCACCUGCACCAACGCCAACAACCGCCAGACAAUGAGUUUGGAUUAGAAAAUGAAGCGCUUGCUCGGGGGGUCCAAGAGGAUCUUCACGUAUUCAAGCAAACUCUGACUCGUCAAUUCUGGGGAAUGGCAUCCUUCUUAGCUCCUCCCCCCGCAGAUUCCCACCCUUCCUUUCCCUCUCACCGCCACACGCAAUCUUUUCCUGCCGCAUCCACUCGUAAUCGAUCAGAGCCUUCCGAUCACUGUGUUUCUCAGAAUACUGAAGAAUCAGAGGCGCGACGGAUUCGGAGAGGCUUUUCCCACAUCGAAGAAGCAAGUUUCCACCGGGACGUCCCUGAAACUUUGGGCAGAAUUCCGAAUUCGAUUUCGUUUGGAUCCGAGCCUCUAAGAAACGAGGAAUCCGCAAUGGAGGAGUAUGAUCUUCAACGCGGGGUUGGAAUUACAGAUGAGGUAUUGGCCUUCGCCAGAAACAUCGCGAUGCAUCCCGAGACGUGGUUGGAUUAUCCUGUCGACGAAGAAGAUGACACGGAUGAUUUUGACAUGUCCGAUGCCCAACAAGAGCAUGCUAUGGCCAUUGAAAGACUUGCUCCUAGAUUAGCUGCGCUCAGAAUUGAGCUGUGCCCUUGCCAUAUGAGUGAAAGUUACUUUUGGAAAGUCUAUUUUGUACUUUUGCAUUCAAGGCUUAAUAAACAGGACGCUGAGGUUUUAUCUACACCUCAGGUUCUGGCAGCCAGAGCACUGUGGAUGAAGGAGUUACAGGAGCAAGAGAAACUUGAAUCUGAAUGUUUUGGAAGGAGCAUUUCCUACUCAAAAGACACAGCUCAGCAAGAAGACUUCUCUCCCAGAUUUUUCGAUAAUGCCUAUUCUGGUGCCAUGGCUUAUGGAACAUACAGAUUUGAGGAAGAUUAUGGGAGUGAUAAGCACAUGGGUGAAUGCUCUGAAGACCAGUUAAUCGAUGAGCCAGUCGUCGAGGAAAACUCGAAAACUAAAACUGAGGAGAAGGACCUAUCAAGGGUUCGAUCCUCUAAAUUUGUUCUCGAGGACUAUGAAGAUGAUGAGUACGAAUGGCCGGAGGACGAUAUUGAUGGAAUUACCGUGCCCCAGGUAAAUGAAGAAGACAUAUCUUUUAGUGAUCUCGAGGAUGAUAAUUAUUCGUUGAAACCUGUUACCAUAACAGAAUUAAAUGCAUGAUAGUGGUGCCGUAGGGCCAGUACUGAGUAGAUCUCCAAUAGAAAGAAGAGAAAGUAUGGAGGUCUCCUGCAUUUUUUGGUUGUACAUAGUGAUUGUUUUGUUUUAAACCCCCCCCCCCAAAAAAAAACAAAAAGAGAGAGAACGAAACAAAGAAAAGAAGUUGCAGAGGCGGUGCUGUGACGUGUUGCAUGCGGUGCAGCAAGGUUAAUUGUAUCGGUUUAUUUUUUGAUUUGUAAUGUACACCAGGUUUUUGUGUGGAUGUACUUGGGCAAGUGUCGGAUGGAAUAAGAAAGAUGGGGACCUAUAUUUGAUACCUAAUAUGCGAAACAAGUGUAGGGUGA